AAAGCCAAGUUCUUUCUCACAGUCUGGCCUGGCCCCAGCCCUGCCAUCCCGUCACACCUGGUCGACAUGCUCCUGUUUUCAUCCCCACGAUGUGACGCCCUGCUGGCCCAUGGGUCGGCCAAACAAACCGCCUCCAUCUCUAAGCGACUCUCGCUCCCCUUUUGGUCCACCACUCCUGCCUCGACCCCCCUAUUACCACGUACCCCCAAACCCACGUCUUCGCCGCCCUCGCCACCACGCAGAGAGAAGCAGCCGCUCCAGCAGACUGCACUGCUUACCAUGUCUCACCAUGCCGACGCCUCGCGCUCAGCAACCUUUGCCCCCACGCUGGGCUGCAUUCCAGAAGUCUUCGAGUACGACCCUCUCGACGCCAGGCACCGCCCGGCCUCGCUCAACGACGCCCCAGAGACGCCAGACGCCUUCUUGCCCGAGGCUUCAAUUGCAAGUCCCCCUGCCCUCACCAGAGCAACUUCCUGGCCCGCAAUCAUCCAGCCACCGUCCCGGAGAGCCGCCUCCACACUUGCCGUAUCCAAGGCCCUGCGCAGAAUUCUAGAGGCUGACCGAGCCCGACGCCGGCGCAUCAUGAAAGCCUACCUGAAAGCAAUCGUUUUCCUCCGCUACCUCUGGCACGCGCACGAGCGCUACGGACAUCUCAUGGCCACCACGGGCAUGUACAUGCAACGGUAAUGGCCAUCAAGCAAAAGUUGGACUUCUGGGCGUUAUCGGUAAUUCAGGCACGCGCGGAAAUGAGGUUUAACGAAUGUAUAUGAUUGAACGGUUGGCGGCAUGCCAAGUGCCGAGGUUGCAUGGUUGGGCGUUUUUGCAGUUUGAAUCUUGGUUGGGCACCCACUUAUCCGCCUGAGCAUUGUAACCAAGGCGCGACUUUUUCUUGCUCUAUUACAUACCCCCCCACAUUGUAACUCUACCUCUCAUUUUUACCCCUGGCGCACUGUAUGAAUCACUUUCAUUGUUGAUGACCAUACAGCUGUUUCAGCAUCCAUGGCACCGAGUGUGAAAAUGCGGCCCUGCGCAUUUGUUCCCACUUGUACUAAGUGCCUCAC